UCUGAUAAUAGUACAAGUGCCCAGGCAGGCCUGUGCUAUGAAGUUAGGGGUGUGUCGGCUCCCAAGCUGGAGGAUGAUAAACUCAAUGGGACUAUCUAUUUUUAACCUCCUGUUCUUUCCUUCUGCUAGUGUAAUCAGGGCUGGCUGAGCUGUCUCCUCAAUGAUUUCAAAAAUUCCUGACCAGACUUUUACAGCCGAUAAGUGCAGAGGACGACUCUUAUAACUUGAAAUACAUAUUCAAUACAUUGUUUUGUAUACUUGAUCUGUGGGACAAUCAUGUCUGAUGACAGGACAUCUGCUGGACACCAGUCAACGACCACAGUGAGUUCUGUCGCUAUCCAAGCUGGAGAUUCUAGGAUCGUCAUUGCUAUUCUCAAGUGUGGGGAGCUGGUCCAGCUGCAGUUAGCAGAAUCCAUACCAAAUUUAAUAGAGGUUCCAAGUUGUCAAGACGAAGCCAAGAAACUGGUCCAGGACCAUGAUGCCCUUCUCUACAAGCUCAAGUCUUUGGAAGAUCAUGUAUGGGAUUUGCUAUGCCAAGCAGACGAGACAGCAGAGCAAAACAAAGAUCAAAGCCAGUUGUAUGAUGCCAUGGCAUUGAGCCUAAAGGAAGCAUGGAGCGCCCUGAUUAUAGUGCUGGAAAGGAGGAGAGACCUAUUGCACAUGGCCGCUGCUUUCUUUGAUAAUGCAAUACAGUUUGCUGAUGCAAUUGAUAAUGCAGAGUCCUUUCUUCAAAACACACCAGACACUGCGGAGUCUAUUACAGAAUGUCUUCAACAGCUCCAAGAACAUACAAAGGCUCUCCUAGAGCGAUCGCUGUCCUUGCUUUAUAAAAGCCAGGAACUGACUGAAUUCAUACAACAAUUCAAGUCUCUCCAGCCAGUUGCAAGCUCUGAAAUGAUGAGGGGAGCUCACAGCAGCUGCUCCCAAAUUGAGGACCUUCUGGAAUUGCUGCAAGACAAGAGGCGGCAGCUGGACAAGCAGAUGAGGCAACACCGCCAAAGGUUGGAGCAGGUCUUACAAGUCAGUCAGUGGCUCCAGCAGGAAGACAAGGUUACAUGUUGGCUGAGAGAACAUAUAGAUUUAUAUUUGACCGAUGUCCAGCUAGGUGCAUCACUCACAGAAAACGAGGAGCUACUUCACAAACACAAACAACUGAUACUUAAUGCUAAGGAUUGGAAUUUAGCCAUUGCAAAGCUGAAAACAGAAGCUCAACAAUUAGCUGCAGUGAGGGACUGUGCACAUAGAGAGGAGCUAAACCACUCCAAUCAAACCUUGAACUCUCUCCAUGCUGAGUUCUGGCAACUGAUGGACCGGAGACAAGUGAUUUUACAGGAGGCCAAUGAUUUUUUCAAAUGUGUAAACAAGGCUUUUGACAAGCUGGGAGGCAUCGAGACUUACCUGAGACACCUUAAGAUGCACAAUCUAAGUUUGCCUGAAUUGUCAGCCAAGCAAAAGGAAGUGGAAGCAGAGAUUGGAAAGUGUACUUCUGAUGCCUUCCACAAGGGGCAGACUCUCGUCAAGAAAUCUCCUUUCAGCCCUGGGAUGACUGGAAUUCAGGAAAUGAUUGGCUACCUUCAGAAAAGAGUAGAUCAACUAACCUGCCACAGCCCUGCAUCUACGGAAAAUUCUCUCAAGCAACAGGAGAUAGUGGCGUCACUAGAGGAUCGUCUUAAAGAGGUAUCAGCAUGGAUCAACAACAUAAACUCAGGUCUUAACUGGUGCAGUGACCCAGGCUUGAGUAUCGGUGAAUGUGAGGACGUGCUCAAUAAACUUGGCGAACUGGCAAAGCAAACAAAGGAGGCAUCCAAAUGUAUGGAGUCCGCUGCUCAACUGCUAAGAGAGGUGACGCAGACAGCGCCAUUAGGUGACGAAGUAUUUACCAGCAACUCACGACUUCUAGAUGAUAAGCUGAGAGUUCUGGAUCAAAGAAUCGAUGAGAAAUUGGAGGUUAUAAAUGUGUACAUUGCAUUUCUAAAGUCUUCAAAAGAGCUGGAUUCUCACAUCCAAAACCUGAAGGCGGUGUAUGCACCUAAUCCAGAGGAAGUAUCGGUGUCCCAGCUGGAAUCGGUAGAAAGCCGGAUACAGUCUGUGCUGGAUGAGCUUUUCUCAGUCCAAGAUAUGGGGCAAAAUUGUUUGAAUAUUAUAAAAAUGAUGAAAAAGAACACCAUUCUGAAGGACAAACACAUGCAGAAAGUGGAGGAUACAAUGGCUAAUCUGAAUAAGGAAAAGGCUGAGAUCACAAAACUAUGGGCGGCCUGGCGACAGCAUGUCAAUCAAGUACAUUCUUCCACACAGCAAUGGAGAACAAUUAGAGAUCAGCUAAGAUUGGCUGCUAGCAGAUUCCAAGAGCUGGAGAAAGAUCUACAACCUCUAUCUGCAAUGAGCCUUGGAAAUGAUGACGCCCAGAAUAUUUCAAUUGCACAAGAGAAUCUGCAUAAUAUUAAAGCAAAAUUUCAGAAACUAAAUGAUGAAAUGGAACAUGCUGUGAAGAUUUCUGAACUCAUUGCCCGGGAAGGAACACAAGCAAAUGAAAAAACAGUAAAAAUGAACUAUGACCUGGCUGAGAAUCGGCAAAGGCUGAAGGACAGUAUCACGGAGUAUGAAGAAGUUUUAUGCAAACUUGUAGAGUUUUAUAAGAUGAAGACUGAACUGAAUAUUCUUAAAACAGAACUGGACCCUCCGACACCAGCACCUGCUAUGAGUGAGGUCCAUUCGGUGAGAAGUCUAGAGCAGCAAGCACACAUCCAGAGUCUGUAUAAAAUCAUUCUCAACUUGGGAGCACAGAUCAUAUCCACAGCACAGCAUUCUAAACACAUUACUGUACCCCUGAAUGACCUUCAGCUGCAGCUACAGGACCUAGAACAUGAGCGUGUUGUCUGGAAUUCCAAUGUGGAGAAGCGGCAGGAGAACGUAUCCAGUAAUGUAAACAGUACAUCAAUAGAGGAAGUCAGCGAGCUAAAAGAGUCAUUUAAGGAUCUGAAGAAAAAAUUUAACAACUUGAAAUUCAACUACACAAAGAAGGCUGACAAAGGGCGGAAUCUGAAAGUAAUUAAGAACCAGAUACAGCAAGUUGAAAUGUAUUUAGAAAAGAUUCAGGCUUUGAAGAAGAAAAUUGAUAAUUUAGAAAAAAAAUCAUUAGGACGCGCUCUUUCUCAGCACAUGCACAAAGCAGAUAUUAUUCAGGAGGCGCUCGGCGAGCUGCAGAAAUCUGUUAAUGAGUUUAAUGGUGUUGUGAACGAUUAUAAAGUGUACCUUGAAAUGGCUGAAGACCUACAUCAUAUAAUGGAGGAGAGCCAGUUUUGGUGUGAAGAAGCCUGUGCGACGGUCGUCAGAGUGGGGCGUUAUUCUGCAGACUGUAAAACUAGGGAGGCCGUAGAGGUUCUUGUGAAGCAAUUCAACAAGUUUGUUCAACCAGCUCUUCCGCAACAGGAAGAAAGAAUCCAGCAGAUGAUCAAUAUUGCAAAACAUAUAUAUGGAACAGAGGAUGGCAUAAAGUAUGUUGAGAAAACAUUAAUAAAACACAAGGAGGCUCUCAACUCUGUGAAUGAAUUAUGUAUCUACCUGAAGGAGCUAGAAGAGAAAUUGGAGGAGCCACAGAAAGCACCAGAAAUCUCACUCAGUGACGAGAGAGAGCUCCCAUUGUCUGCUAAAGACGGUAAUAUACUGGCAGAUGCGGACUUGCAGCCUGAAUUGCUAGCAGAAGAAGCUGCAUCUGGUGAUGAAUAUGAGUGCAUAUCACCGGAUGACAUCUCCUUGCCUCCGCUUGCUGAGACUCCCGAAUCCAAUCACCCUCAAUCUGAAACAGAGCAGGAUGAGCCGAACUGUUACAGCUCCCAUAGUAUGCAUGUCAGCUCCUACAGCUUGCAAAUGCACAUAAAUGCCAGCGGCAAGAGGGUGAUGGAUGGUUCUGAUUUCCUAACACCUGUUUCUGCUUACACUGACACAUCAAGUCACAAAAGGGAAAAUACUUCUAGUUAUAUUGACAGAUUCUGUUCUCCCCCUGUUGGAUACAAAACAGAAUCUCCCUUUUCACACCAGUCGACAGUAGUCAAUGAAACCCGCUAUGCCUUGAGUACUUCUCCUGCCAAAGCAAAACCCAACUACCGUAUGGUGAACGAGGUGCAUGAGUCUCGUUUGCAGAGCAGUUCUGUUUAUGAGAGCACGGAAAAAACAGAACAAUUGCAUGCCUCUGAUAACACCGCUAGAACUAAAGAUAGGCUGCAUGCUGUCUCAGAUGAAUUCUCUGGUCUCGUGUUUCAAUCAGACCCUGCCAAAAGCUGCCAGAGGCAUAUGGUUACCCAAGAAGCAAUUAGAAGUGUUUCAGAAAAACACAACAGUGUUAGCCUGGCAGGACAGAGUCCUGCCUUCUCCAAGCUCCCACCUAACGUCACUGUUAAGGAAGGUUCUCCAGUGACUCUGGAAGUAGAAGUAACCGGAUACCCAGAGCCAACUCUAACAUGGUACAGGAAGGACACGAAACACUCUACGGAUGAUCACCUACUGAGCCGCGAGAGAGACACCAGUCAUACCCUGAUUAUACGAGAAGUCUGUAAGAAAGAUCUUGGUCAAUACAUAGGCCACACCUCAAUCUAUAAAGCCACCAUCACCAAGGAUGGGGAUGGCAAGUUGGCAAGAAGCAGGCCACCCAUUUCAGAAGUCGACUGGAUAACGUUGCUUGCCAUCUAUGUCUGUGUGUCAGUAAUAUAUUGGCUACUUUCAUAGAAAUGA